GUUUAUAUAACCACACCAUCAAUGCAUAUCACUUAUAUCUGUAGCCAGCUCUCACAUGUUUUCACUCUGAUCUCACAAUAUCCUAUUUGCCAUGGAAUUCUAUGGGAGACAUGCCCUCCAUGGUUUCAUGGAUGAAGAAAGCAAUCCAUCCCAAUCACCUCCUCGCCUUUCCAUCAGAACUCAUCGCUUAGAUAUGCACGACCAAGAUCUCCAAUUCAGCCCCGGACGAGCUUCGAGCCCCCGAGCGAGUCCCACCGCCAUGCACUCGAUGUUCCCGCCCGGUAGUCCCGAAUCGCCGUGGGCGCUCUCCCCUCUUCAAACCCCGUCCCCGGCUCUCCUCUACCAUUGCAUCGCUUCCCUUCAUCGCCAAGAAGGGAACAUCUACUCGAUAGCGCUGUCGAAAGGGUUAGUUUUCACUGGCUCCGAUAGCAACCGUAUUAGGGCGUGGAGGCAACCCGACUGCACCGAGCGGGGUUAUAUCAAGGCGAGUUCCGGCGAAGUCCGGGCCAUUUUCGCGUACGGUAACAUGCUUUUCACCACACAUAAAGACAUUAAGGUCCGAAUAUGGAACUACACGGUUUCGGAUAAUUUCAGGUACAAGAAGAUCACAACACUCCCUAAAAAAACCUCGUUUCUAAAGUUCCCGAAAACAAGCAGCCAACAACACAAAGAUUGCAUUUCCUGCAUGGUUUAUUACCACGCCGAGGGACUUUUGUACACCGGCUCGUACGACAAAACAGUAAAAGCAUGGCGGCUUUUGGACAAGAAAUGUGUCGACUCAUUCGUGGCACACGAAAGCAACGUUAACGCCAUCGUCGUAAACCAAGACGACGGCUGCGUUUUCACUUGUUCCACCGAUGGAUCAGUAAAGAUAUGGAGACGAGUAUAUAGAGAAAACUCGCACACAUUAACGAUGACACUAAAAUUCCAACAAUCUCCGGUUAAUGCCUUGGCCUUGAGCACGACAUUCAAUAACUGUUUCCUCUACUCGGGCUCAUCCGACGGAACCAUCAACUUCUGGGAGAAGGAAAAAAUGUCGGGUAGGUUCAAUCAUGGCGGUUUCUUACAAGGACAUCGUUUUGCAGUUCUAUGUUUGGCGGCUGUCGAGAGGUUGGUCUUUAGCGGCUCCGAGGAUACGACGAUUAGGGUUUGGAGACGAGAGGAGGGGAGCUGUUUCCAUGAAUGUCUGGCGGUGUUGGAUGGUCAUAGAGGACCGGUUAGAUGCUUGGCGGCUUGUUUGGAGAUGGAGAAAAUCGUGAUGGGGUUUCUGGUUUACAGUGCUAGUUUGGACCAGACAUUUAAAGUGUGGAGAGUUAAAGUUAUGCCUGAAGAGAAAGUGUGUUUCGAUUUUGCAGAGAGAAAUGAUUCCAAGACGAAGACGACAAUGGAGUACGAGAUGAACCCUGUUUUGUCUCCUAAUUGGGUCGAGAAGAAGCUUCAAGGUAAUCAUUUCCAGUAGUUUUAAGAUAAUGUUUUGAUAUUUACAUCUUUAAAUUUAAAUUAUUAGUUGAAUCCGAACCAUUUCGAUUGGAUCAAAUCAAAUUGGAUCCUUAGUAGUUGCAUGAUUUCAUAAAAGAGAGCUGAGAUGAGCGUAGACAAGAUAUCAUGUAGAGCUUAGAUAGGCAUGUGGUGUGAAU